AUGACGUCCUACGAACCCAAGAACAACCGCGACCAUGAAAGCAUUUCGAGCUUCAAAGAUCCGGAAAUCGAGCAAGAGCGAGGAUCAUACAAGUCGGAAGAGCUUCAUACCAUUGAGCCAGUUCCGGGGGAACCACCAUUAGCCAGCACGUUCUCGCAUGGCGUUGCUGCGUCAAUACGAAGUGUCGAGCCUGCUCCCGAUGGCGGCCUACAAGCCUGGACCCAAGUAGCCAUGGCACAUCUUACGAUCUUUUCGACUUGGGGCUGGGUGACUUCGUAUGGUGUCUUUCAAGAAUACUACAGGACAUCCCUAGGCCUUGAUCCAUCAGCCAUCUCCUGGAUUGGCAGUGUCCAGAUCUUUCUACUCUUCUUUCUGGGGACAUUCAGUGGCCGCGCGCUGGAUGCCGGUCUCUUCCGCCCGGUUUACUUUGCGGGUACGAUACUCCAGCUGUUGGGCAUCUUCUCCAUGUCAGCCGCGACGAACUACUGGCAAUUAUUCUUGUCACAGGGACUUUGCCUCGGCAUUGCUGGCGGUCUGCAAUUCUGCCCCGUCAUGUCGCUGGUCAGUACCUAUUUUGUCAAGAAACGUUCAUUCGCUAUUGGCUUUGUCACCAUUGGCUCUUGUACUGGAGGUGUCGUCUUCCCUAUUGUUGUCCAACAACUUCUUCCGCGGAUUGGCUUCCCUUGGACCAUCCGGGUGUGUGGUUUCCUCAUGCUAUUCACAAACAUCUUGACGAAUCUUGUCUUUCGUACGAGAUUGCCGCCCCGCAAGACCGGACCCAUUGUUGAGUGGUCUUCAUUCAAAGAGUUGCCUUACGUACUGUAUUGCGCUGGAAUGUUCUUCAACUUCUGGGGUCUAUAUUUUGCCUUUUUCUACGUCGGCAGUUAUGGUCGCAAUGUCAUUGGUAUGAGCUAUCAUGACUCUAUUGAUCUCCUCUUGACAAUGGUCUCCAUUGGCUUUGUCUGGCGUUUAUUGCCUAAUUACUUCAGCGACAUUAUUGGGGCGGUCAAUGUCAUGUUGCCAUUCAGCAUACUCUGCGGCGUGAUGUGUUAUGCCUGGAUCGGUGUUCACUCAAAGGCAUCCUUGUUUGUGUUCGCCGCUAUCUAUGGCUCCGGCUCAGCCGGUCUGCAGUCCAUGUUUCCAGCAGGCCUGUCUAGUCUCACGUCAGAUUUGAAGAAGACAGGUGUAAGAAUGGGAAUGGGCUUUACAAUUGUUAGCUUUGCCUGUCUGACUGGACCUCCAUUGGCCGGCGCGCUCAUCUCCCAUGACAACGGCCAUUAUCUGCCUGCGCAAAUAUGGGGUGGCUCGUCUUUCCUCCUGGGUUCAUCACUUUUGUUCGCAGCACGUACUGCAAAGGUCGGAUUACAUCUCAGACAGAAAGUAUGA